CCAGCUGACGACACUUCUGAUUCUGAAUUUGUUUUUUUAAAUAGUGAAGGAAAUAGGAAUGGGAAUCUUGAAAUGAACGAGUCUAUGUCAACACUAUAUUCUAUUACUAAUAGUGAGAAUACCACUGAUCUACAGACGGAGGUGACAAACAGUAACGUUGAUAAUAAUAUAGAUAAUCAAAUAGGGUUUUCUCAGGACAUUGCGAAUCUUAACACCCCAUAUAUAAACCAACAAACAGAAGAAGAGGAAG